GUUGCCUUGUGAAUCCAGCGCCAUAGCCACCGUAGUCCUGGCGACUGUUACCCAUCAACAACAACUACUCCUCUCCUCCUCAUCAUCCUCCUCCUCCACCAUCACCACCACCACCACCACCUUCUCUCCACCCUCAUCCUCCUCAUCAUCAUCAUCCCCAUCACCCACAACAACAACCAACAACAACACAAUAAUCCACAGCCAAGAUGCGGCUGAAAAACAAUCUAGAUGAAGUUACAGCAGCAGGGACAUGCCAAGACCAUGCCAUCGAGACUCACAGAAGCUGGAUGCAGCAUGGAGAAACUACAAUGCAGACGUCCGAGACUGUGUCGGACACAGGUUCAACAGUGACUUUGCAGACAUCAGUAGCUGGUCAGGCAGCAGUGCCCACCCAAGUUGUACAGCAAGUACCAGUGCAGCAACAGGUGCAGCAGGUACAGACAGUGCAACAAGUACAGCAUGUCUACCCAGCGCAGGUACAAUACGUUGAAGGAAGUGACACCGUCUACACAAAUGGAGCAAUCCGGACAACAACAUACCCUUACUCAGAAACCCAGAUGUACAGCCAAAACACUGGAGGGAAUUACUUUGAUACACAAGGUGGAUCUGCACAGGUGACUACAGUGGUCUCCUCUCACAGCAUGGUGGGCACAGGAGCAAUUCAGAUGGGCGUCACUGGAGGCCAAAUCAUUAGCAGUACUGGAACUUACUUGAUUGGCAACUCCAUGGAAAACUCAGGCCACUCUGUCAGUCACACAACCAGAGCUUCUCCAGCAACGAUUGAAAUGGCGAUUGAGACACUGCAAAAGUCUGACGGUCUGUCGAGUCACAGAAGCUCUCUUCUUAACAGCCAUCUGCAAUGGCUGCUGGAUAACUAUGAAACAGCGGAGGGAGUAAGUCUACCCAGAAGCACUCUUUACAACCAUUACCUUAGACACUGUCAGGAGCACAAACUAGAUCCAGUCAAUGCUGCAUCCUUUGGAAAACUCAUACGUUCAAUAUUCAUGGGGCUACGAACCAGAAGACUUGGAACCAGGGGAAACUCCAAAUACCAUUACUAUGGGAUCCGUGUCAAGCCAGACUCCCCUCUUAAUCGGUUACAAGAGGACAUGCAAUACAUGGCUAUGAGACAGCAACCCAUGCAGCAGAAACAGAGGUACAAGUCUAUGCAGAAAGUGGAUGGAGUGGGAGAUGGAUUUGCAGGCAGCGGACCACAGGGUGGAGCAUCAGUUGAACAAACCGUAAUUGCCCAAAGCCAACACCAUCAACAGUUUUUAGAUACAACUCGAGCACUUCCAGAGUUUGUAGAAGUUGAAAUAUCUUCUCUACCAGAUGGUACAACCUUUGAAGAUGUCAAGUCACUGCAGAGUCUUUAUCGGGAGCACUGUGAGGCCAUAUUGGAUGUUGUUGUCAACCUACAGUUUAGCCUGAUCGAGAAGCUGUGGCAGACCUUCUGGCGUUACUCCCCCACAUCUUCAGUUGAUGGUCCAACCAUUACGGAGUCAGGCAACCUGAGUGAAAUUGAAAGCAGGCUGCCCAAGUCAAAGUUGAUUUUGCUCUGCAAAAACGAGUCUAUUCUGAAGUGGAUGUGCAACUGUGACCAUUUGAUGUAUCACACUUUGGUGGAGAUCCUCAUUCCUGAUGUCCUAAGACCAAUUCCUAGUGCCUUGACCCAAGCCGUCCGCAACUUUGCAAAAAGCCUUGAAGGUUGGCUCUCUAGUGCCAUGAGUAAUAUUCCACAGAGAAUGACACAAACCAAGGUUGCUGCUGUAAGUGCCUUUGCCCAAACUCUGCGAAGAUAUACAUCUCUCAAUCACCUGGCUCAAGCAGCUCGUGCUGUUCUCCAGAAUACAUCUCAGAUAAACCAGAUGCUCAAUGACCUCAACCGCGUGGACUUCGCCAAUGUCCAGGAGCAGGCUUCCUGGGUAUGCCAGUGUGAUGACAACAUGGUGCAGAGACUGGAAACAGAUUUCAAGAUGACUCUUCAGCAGCAAAGCACUCUGGAACAGUGGGCUGCGUGGCUCGAAAAUGUGGUCACACAAGCACUGAAACCGUAUGAAGGAAGACCAAGCUUUCCUAAAGCAGCUCGACAGUUCCUGCUUAAAUGGUCGUUUUACAGUUCAAUGGUUAUUCGAGACUUAACCUUACGUAGUGCUGCAAGCUUCGGCUCUUUCCAUCUGAUCCGCCUUCUCUACGAUGAAUAUAUGUUUUAUUUAGUAGAACACAGGGUCGCCCAAGCAACAGGGGAAUCGCCUAUAGCAGUCAUGGGAGAGUUUGGUGACUUAAAUGAUGCAUCUCCUGGAAAUAUGGAAAAAGAUGAGGGCAGCGAUGUGGACAGUGAAAUGGAUGAGGAGCUUGACGAUUCUGGAGAGCCUCCAGCAAAGAGAGAAAAAACAGAGCUAAACCAAGCAUUUCAGGUGGGCUGCAUGCAGCCAUCACUGGAGGGAAGUGUACAACAAAGUCUGGUCCUGAACCAACUGCACAGCGAGCACAUUGUCUCAAGCACUCAGACCAUUAGGCAGUGCAGUUCUACUGGGAAUACCUAUACUGCAGUCUAGUGGAUGAAAAAGCUCUCAGAACAGAGGUGUAUAAAUAUUUGUAUGAUGGGCUUAAGAUUACGACAGUCCGAUGGUCGGCUCUUUUCAAACAUUACUUUUUUGACCUUUAUCUUUUUGUCAACCUUGCCCCAAGCCCAAUUUCCUCCACCCUCUCACAGUGUACAAAACAAACCCAGGUUGUUCUG